AUGAGAGCGGACAAGUUGUCUUUGGAAGCUCAAAAAGAUCCACUUAUUUGCGAGUUCGGAGCUAAGUACUUAAAAACGCACCGUGAAAAACAUUUUAUUUACGUAACAUCACGCAAAAUAAGAGAACUUUCUAAAAUCCUUUUGGAAAUAAGAAAGUUGGAUCCAUCCAAAACCACAUUCAUUUCAGCUUUGAAGCCAAAGUAUUUCGACAUUUUCGUGGAAGCCACAAAACGAAUUGCUAAAUAUGAUUCGGAACGAGAUGUUUAUCUGUCUCCAACUUUCGCCAUGAAUGUUGUUACGUCUUUGAAACAGUGUUGCGAUAUUGCAAUUACUUUUAUUUACACUAAAAAUAAAGGUACCACUUUAUCUACUGCGGAAAUAGAGGCGGACUUGAAAAUGUUGAUUCGUCUUUUUGAAACUAAUUCGAGUUGUGAGAUUUCUUCACAUGCCAGUUACAGCCUUAAUCUUAACAAAUGGAACAAAGUAACCAUUGUACCUCUUGCCAGUGAUAUGCGUUUAUUAAGGAAUCAUCUCAUCGACUUAGCUGGAGAAUCUUUAAGAGUCCUAAUUAAAGGAGUUGAGGAUAUGAAAUAUAUCAUAGAAGAUGAUAUCGACCAUCAGCAAUAUCAAAAAAAGUCUGAUACAAUUCAAGCAUUUAAUAAUCUGAUGGAAACUAUUUAUUGUAGAGUCAUUUUAUUAAAUCGAAAACGUUCUGGAGAACUACAACGAAUGUAUUUACAUACAUAUCUGAAUACGUCAAACCAUACUCAAAACUAUGAGGAAUUUGACAAUGUAGUCUCUCUACCCGAAAAAAUUCUCCUAAAACCAUUGAAGUCCGUAGUUAUCCGAGGUAAACGAGGCAAAGGGGUUCCAGUUUUAUUCCAUUCUGACAUACAAGACAAUAUCAAAAAAAUGUUAGAAGUUAGACACCAUUUUGUGCCCAUAAAUAACCCAUAUCUUUUCGCAAUGGCGAAUUCAAAUUCACAUUUGAUAGGUUAUAAAGUGUUAGCCAAACAUGCUAAAUUAUGUGGAGCACAAAACCCAUCAUCAAUUACGUCAACCCGACUGCGCAAACAUCUUGCAACUUUAUCGCAAUUAUUCAACUUAUCAAAUGGGGAAAUAGAACAGUUGGCGACAUUUAUGGGACACACAAGUGGUGUUCACAGAACUUCCUAUCGACUACCCGAUGAUGUUUAUCAAACGGCGAAGAUAUCUAAACUGUUGAUGGUAAUGGAAAAAGGCGGAGCAGAUCAAUAUAAAGGGAAAUCUAUUGAUGAAAUAAACAUUGAUAUGGAAAAAAAUCUUCUAAGUGACCGAGACUCUGAUAAUGAUAGUGACGAGGAUGAAACUCCAAUAAUAAGGGAACUGUUAUAUACGUCAAAGCCAUCUGCACAAGAUUUUGUUCCAACAAACAACGUUGAUGGGAAACCUGUUGCAGGGACUAAAAAGAAAAAAAUCGUAAACUGGUUCCUUGGACAGAUGACCCAAAAAAGUCACACUAAACUAUUUUAA